AUGGAACAGUAUUUGAAUAUAGUAUGGAAAAAUUAUACAGCAUCACUUUCACACAAUUUUGAUGAUGAAAAUGUUUCAGGCGAACAAGAUGAUGCUUCAGAUGCAUUUGCUGGUAGUGAUCUCCAUUAUAAAAUUCCAUUUUGGAUCGGUGUUAUUGUAAUUAGUCUUCUCUUUCUAUCAGCUCUUAUUGCAUCAAUACGUUAUUGUUUUUAUACACUCUGUUCAUCACAUAGUGAAACAGAAAAAGUGGCAUUAGUGUCACCAAGAUCACCUUGUCUUACAAGUACUGCUAAUACAAUACAACGUCAACGACAUCAACUAUCGAAUACUCUUUCUCGUCAUCCAUUCGAUGAAAAUGAAAAACCGAUACCAAUAACAUUUCAUGAAGAAUUAAAAGAUCAUCGUUCAAAUACAUCAAUAGUACCUAUUGUUCGUCAACAUGCUCGACCAAAUUUUCCACCAUCACAUACAUUAACUCAACAUCAUCGUGCAGAUAUUGAUCUAGAUAAUAUUGAUAAUCAUCAUUUUUCUUCAACUCAAACACCACGAUCUCGUGCUCCUGUUGAUUUUCGAAAAAAAGUUCAUGGUAUUUAUGUUUUACCUGUUUCACCUGCUCUUUCAUCGUCAUCAUCAACAACCAAUACUGAUGAAAUCAUAAAAAAUAGUUCAAAUACAAUGCCUAUUCGAUCUCUAAGACAUAUAUCAUCAUCAAUUAAUGUUCAUAAUGAUUCCAUAUGUCGUGGAAUCAAAAAUGAUUGUUUUGCUGAUUCACCACAACCAAAAGAUCGUACAUUACCUCGAUCUCAUGCUGGUACAUUACGACGUACUCAACCACCACCAUCUCAACCUCCACCACUACCACCACCAACAAAUGUACAACUUCAUUUUAAUGAUAUUCGAUCAACAAAUGCGUCACAUAAUGACAUUUCAUCAUUUCGACAUCAAUCAGUUACUAUGGAUCUCGAUCCUGAUACUAUUGCACUUCGUUUUAAUAAUAAUCAAAAAAUAUAUGUUACAGCCGAAGACAACCAAUUGAAAAAACCUCCACCACCACCUGUACCAUGUCGAUCACAAAAACCAAUAGCUUUACCAAUUGGUUUUGAAGGUUUAACAACAACACAACAAAAUGAUAUAAUUGGUUUUCGAGUGCCGAUAGAAUCAUCUCCACAAGAUGAUUGUUCAGAACAUACAUGGCCAAAACCACCUGAAUCAAUGACAACAUCAGAAAUUGGUGGAUCACCACAACCUCUUCCACCAUCAAUACCAUAUGAUCGUCUACAUCAUGAUCAUUUAAUACCAACUGUACUUAUGCGUCAAAAUAGUACAAUUAAUUUUUUUCAACAUCAUCGAUUUGGUGAACAUACUAUGUUGACAGAAUCUGAAACAUGA